AUGGCGCUGCCGUCGAGCGCCUCCUCCUCGGCGCGGCUGCGGCUGCUCACCGUGCCGGCGCUGCUACUGCUGCUCUCUGCAGCCGCGCUGCUCGUCUUCCUCAUCCUCCCCUCGCUCUCCCCCUCCUCGGCCUCCUCCUCCGCCGUCUCCUCGCACCUCUGCGCCUGCUCGCCCCCCGCCACCCACACCACCACCACCGUCACCACCACCACCGUCACCGCCUCCCCCGCGCCCGUCACCACCUCCCCCGCGGACGUCUCCUGGCUCAAGGCCCAGCUCGCGUCCAACUCCCUCCUCCUCCCCGCCGGCGCCGGCGCCCACGACGCCUGGCACCGCCUGCGCAAGGGUAUCAACCCCCGCACCCGCGAGCAGCAGCUCUUCGACAUCAACAGGCACCAUGGGAUCUCUCACUACCCGGACGAAGAGGCAAGCAACCACACCGCGCUGCCGUGCCCCGGUGAGCUCCUUGUGGAAGAGCACCACAGCAACUACGGCGAACCCUGGGCUGGUGGCCGCGACGUCUUCGAGUUCCUUGCUAACGCCUCCGCGCUAACGCCCACGGAGCAGGUUCUUGAAAUCGGAUGUGGCACGCUUCGUGUCGGCCUGCAUUUCAUCCGGUAUCUUGAGGCUGGGAGGUUCCACUGCCUGGAGCGGGACGAGCUGUCCCUCAUGGCUGCCCUCCGGUACGAACUGCCGGCGCAGGGGCUGCUGUACAAGCGGCCGAUGAUUGUGAGAGGGGAGGAUAUGGAUUUCAGCAAGUUUGGGGACACGGUUAUGUAUGAUCUCAUUUAUGCGAGCGCCGUGUUCCUCCAUAUUCCAGAUAAGCUUGUUUGGACUGGGCUUGAGAGGCUUGCGGGGAAACUGAGGCCACAGAGAGGCCGGAUUUUCGUGUCGCAUAACAUUAAGUUCUGCUCAAGGCUGGGAGGAGAUGAGUGCACACGACGGCUUUCAAAAUUGGGCCUUGAGUAUGUGGGGAAGCACACUCAUGAUAGCUUGUUGUUUAACCACUACGAGAUCUGGUUUGAAUUCCGCAGGCCAAAGAUUGAGAUUGAUGUUCGCUCAGUGCCUAAUUCAAGAAUAUGCGCCAAAGGUCAUGAUUGA